AGGGUUCCCAUGGCAACUGGCUGGGGCCCGCCCCGGGGACUCCCCACGCGAGCAUUCUGCCCCCGCCCCGCGCCUUUGGGAGAAGCUCCCUGAGAGCCAGGGCUUGGGGCCCGGAGGGUCGGCUCUGCCGGCUGCCGUGGAAGGGGCGGGGGCGGGGGAAGCCCACUGCCUACUCCUCACCAAGCCCCGGCCUGAACUGCACCUAAAGGGGAGGGACUGCGGGGCACGAGGCUCAGACAGGACUGCAGCGGAGGCAAGGGUUCAGAGCGGUGCCAGGAACACCCACCCAGCUGUUGUGGCUGCACAGACCCCGCCAUGCCCUCAUCCCUGCACACCCAGGGCUGCAACUGCUGCCCCGCUGGGGACCAGGACAUCAGACUCUGACUUUAUGCUAACGGGCACCUACGGCCCUGGCACGUGGGAGGACCAGGGAGGGCACAGACCAUCGCACCGGCGGACCUGGCAUGCGGGGUACCCAGAACAAACCCAUCUACUGCUGGCCCCCUGCACGGUCCGCUGGCUCCUUGGACCCCCAGCCAGCUCCUGGCUGGACUGCAGACGGAGCAGGGCCAAGUUCAAGGCCAGCAGGAAGACCAAGAAGAAGGAGGGGGGUGCCCUCCGGGCGCAGAGGGCGUCCUCCAACGUCUUCUCCAACUUUGAGCAGACGCAGAUCCAGGAGUUCAAGGAGGCCUUCACGCUGAUGGAUCAGAACCGAGACGGCUUCAUCGACAAGGAGGACCUGAAGGACACCUACGCCUCCCUGGGCAAGACCAAUGUGAAGGACGAGGAGCUGGACGCCAUGCUGCAGGAGGCCUCGGGGCCCAUCAACUUCACCACCUUCCUCAACAUGUUCGGGGAGAAGCUGACUGGUACGGAUGCCGAGGAGACCAUCCUGAACGCCUUCAAGAUGCUGGACCCCGAGGGCAAAGGCAGCAUCAACAAGGACUACAUCAAGCGGCUGCUCAUGUCCCAGGCGGACAAGAUGACUACAGAGGAGGUCGACCAGAUGUUGCAAUUUGCAAAGAUCGACGCUGCAGGCAACCUGGACUACAAGGCGCUGAGCUAUGUGCUCACCCAUGGGGAGGAGAAGGAGGAGUGAGGGGUGCCCCCAGCCCACCCCGACUGGUGUGGCCAGUUCAAUAAACCUGAACC